AUGUCCUCUACACCCGAUUCUGAGGGAAAUGAUGCCGUCAUGGUUGACCUAAAGUCACUUCACUCAGACCUAGAUAAGCCCAGUAUCUUGCACCCGCAAGUUGAACUCCAAAGAAAGUCUGUGGUCCAUGAAAUUUUGAAAUCCGGGCUCAUAAGUGAGCCAUUCUUUCAGCUGCCAUCCUUGCAAAUUGAAAGACGGGAUCCAAGUGGUUGCACACUACUUCUUGCAGCUGCCCAGAGCCAUAAGACAUUGAAAACUAAGAUCAAUUUCAUUGAAGCUGAGACAACAGUUACAAAAACGAUUUUCCAAGAGCUCAUAGAUUGCGGUUCAGAUAUCAUGACACAGGACAAUGAUGGCAACACCAUCCUCCACCAUCUUGAUUAUUUGGAUGGUGAUGGGGAGUUGUUCAAAAUUCUCAAGGAAAUUGUCGUCAAAAAUCCGGAGCUCCUCCAACUGCCUAAUCGAAAGGGCGAAACAUUUUUUCACAGCACUCUAAUUUUAGAGAACUUCGAUCUUAUUGAUGCUCUUCUCGAAAUGGGGGCUGAUCCUCUCCAGCCGGACUCCAAGGGGGACACAGCGCUUCAUCAUUUGGCUAAGCAUCUCCCAAAAGGGUGGCGGUCACCACAUCGCCUCGAGCAACAAGCUCAACUCAAGCGACUUCUGGAAGCGGGCGUGGAUAUCAAUUCUCGGAACCACGAUGGUGACACGCCUCUCUUCAAAUAUAUACAGAACGGCAUGCAAGCUGCUCAUCAUGACUUCGAUAACGGUUUUGAGCAGGAGGGGAUGAUUCCCCAGAGACAAUCCUCGACCUUUUUGAAGAGGCAGGAGCCGACUUUCUCGCACGAAACAAUGCAGGUUCCUCAUUGCUGCAUUUAUUGGCAUCCAAGACAGGCCUCGGGCCCGAUGAGAAAUGCCCACACAAUAUCGUCCGGCGAUUCAAGAUUCUGA